AUGCAGAACAAAAAAUCAAGGAGGCAAAGAGAUACCUUAAGACUGAGUUUAAGUCCCAUGUUGGCAGAGAGGAAACUUGUGCUGAUCACUGCACUGCAUGCCCUAGGUGACACAAGUGACUCCAACCUGCAAAGCAUAUGUCAGCACGAACAUGAAACUGACUGCGAGCAAUGCGAAUCAUUAGAGACAGUUUUGAAGGAAAUUGAAUCCGAGAUCAACUGUGUUGAGAUGCCGGAGGAGCACAGAUGGCGGUUAAGCCACGACUACAAACUCUGUUUGGCAUCUAUCCAGGAGUGGAAGGCGCAUUUGCUCCGCACAGUAAAUCAAGAAGAAGGAAAGCAGUUUGCUCUUGUACAUGUUGAUUCAACUUCAUGUUUAAUCGUUAUGGAUUGGGCCAUGAAAUACCUCCCACAACGUUAUCGGCAACGAAUGAGUGAUUUCUUCGGAAAACGAGGACGAAGCUGGCAUGUGAGUGCUGUGAUCACUAAGCAUACUGAAAAAUUCCAAGUGGAAUGUUUUGUCCAUCUGUUCGAUAACUGCACGCAGAACAGCUUUGCUGUAGCCUCUAUAAUAGAGCAUCUUUUAAAUACCAUCAAGAAAGAAUCACCGGAGAUUGAAAAUGUUUUCCUGAGAUCCGAUAACGCAGGUUGCUACCAUAGUGGACCUCUUUUGCUCAGCCUUCCGUUCAUUGGUCAACGAACCGGCAUGACAAUUCUGCGUUACGACUUUUCAGAGCCACAGUCCGGAAAAGACAUCUGUGACCGAAAGACCGCUCCUAUGAAGGCACGCCUACGACGAUGGGUCAAUGAAAAACACAAUGUCAUCACUGCGGAAGACAUGAAGACAGGACUAGAGUCGCAUGGAGGAGUAAAAGGAGUCAGGGCGGCAGUUGUCAAAGUGGACACUAAUAAAGAAAUCACCGCCAACAAGAUACCAGGUAUCAGCCUUCUUAACAACUUUUCGUUUGAGGAAAACGGAAUACGCGCUUGGCGUGCAUUCAACGUUGGACCCGGCAGAUUCUUAUCAUACAGUCAGCUUGAAGUUGUACCACAGGAAGAAACUGGAUUGAAAGUCCUAAAGGAGUGGGGUCCACGUAGCAACAAUCUUGGCUCAGUUAGCCAUGCUUCCAGUCCACGAGGAGAAAUAUUCUCAUGCAGUGAAAGUACAUGCGUGCUAACGUUCAAGACUCGAGAAGAAGCGGAAGCUCACAUGGACGCAGGGAAGCAUGUACGUGCGUCAGAUCUAGAUUGUGAGUCUGUGUACGAUGCGGCACGAAAGAAGUGGGCUGACCGAGUCGGAGAGAUGCAUGUGGCUAGCGGAGAUAGACAGCGAAUUGCAUUUGAAGAAGCCGGGCCUUCCAGUGCUAGAGAACGCCGUAAUAAAGGGUGGGCGCUUAAAUCAACUAAGCGGACCAACAGGAUGGAAGAGAAAGUAAAAGCCUUUCUUGUUCAGAAAUUUAACCAAGGAGUAGCGGGAGGGAAAAAGGCUGAUCCAAUUCACGUGGCUAGAGAUGAAGAGUAUUAG